GAAGAAUGUUGCCAUAUGAUGCAGAAUCCAAGAAGCUAUCGAAUGAGACGAUAUUCGACCAAUUCGUCAAGGAUGUGGUGAAGAUGUGCAAAUGGCCGGUUUAGAAUAUGGUAUUCCAAAUUUAGCUAUGUACCAUACGUUUCACCAAAUAAACAAUCCUUUCAGUCUCCUCAGUCUUGUCUUCUUCACAUUUGGUGUCGCUGCCUCUGUCGGAGAUGAAGGUGCCGUGGCCGCAGGUGUUCGAGGAUGGAGAUGUGCGGACGUUCCUCAGGGACUUCGAAGCUGUCGCGGAGCUGGUUGGAGUGCAGGAGCAGAAGGCGAAGCUGGUGGUCUUGGGGACGCUGCUGAGGGGCCGCGCGAAGGCUGCGUACGACAACGCUCGGGAGCUGGAAGGUGAGGCGGCGUGGGACAAGGUCGUCGAGAGGCUCGUGUGCGAGUUCGACAGCCCUGCGGACAGACAAGAGGCGCUGCAGAAGUUUCGGACGCUGAGACUUGGCCAGGAUGGGGAU